CCCCUCUGCAAUAAUCCAAUGCAAAAAUAUCUCUCCAGUUUUAUCAAGUCACCAGAGGGAACAACAGCAGCGAAAGAGAGAAAUGCAGCUGUCCAGCAUCAGCCCUCCAUCAGGGUUAAAGAUUGAAGUCUCCUGUUGGGAUUGAAUCUCCGUCUCUCUCUCCCCGACACCCCCGGAUUGGUAUCUGGGGGCUUCUCCAAGGGGAGGUGAAUUCGGCUUCUUUCUUGGCACUGAGACAGAUUGAGUCCUUUUUUCCCUCUUACUCCUCCCGCCUCGCCUUCCCGUGCUGCCGGAGCAGCUGCGAAGCUCCCCGGGUCGAGCGGAGCCUGUGGUCGCUGGUGGAUCCGCAGCAAAUUCCAGGCUCCGAUACCCUUGGGGUGGGGGGCUGCUAUGAGAGAAGGCUGGCGUUGACCUCCACGAGGGUUACCACAGCAUCGAGAGGCUGGGGGGAGGGGGCUCUCCCCCCGAAUGGAGUACGAACAGUGGAUAGUGAGGGAGACCACUUCGACCACUUCACCAGUACGACGCAGCAACUGAGAGGGGGCUUGGAAGACGAGACGUCAGCAAGAGACUCUCAACUGGGUUGCCCCCACCCUCCCCACCUUUACUCGCCUGAAGCACUGAGGGGGGUGGGAGAUCAACAAGGGAAAUGCCUGCCACCCAGUUCCAGGGGGGCCCUGAGUCCCUCCUGAGGAGCCGCACCUCCGACCUGGGCCUCCUGCUCUGGGCUUUGGAGGCCAUGACCUGCUUUGCUCUCCUGUCAUGCCAGAAGCAGGACGAGAUGUUUCCUGUGGUCACCACCAACUAUGGCAAGCUGCGUGGUGUGAGGAAAGAGCUCAACAACGAGAUCCUAGGCCCGGUGGUGCAGUACCUCGGGGUGCCCUUUGCCACCCCACCUGUUGGUGGGCGCCGCUUCCAGCCUCCUGAGGCACCUGCCUCCUGGUCCGACGUGCGCAAUGCCACCCAAUUUGCCCCUGUCUGCCCACAGAACAUCCAUGGCAUGCUGCCCGAGGUCAUGCUGCCCGUCUGGUUCCUCUCCAACCUGGAUGAUGUGGCCACCUACAUCCAAGAGCAGAGUGAAGACUGCCUUUACCUCAACAUCUACGUACCCAUAGAGAACGGUCCACUCACAAAAAAAUCAGAUGAUAACGACGCAUUUGGCAGUCUUGAAGAUGAAGAUAUUCGAGACAGUGGCCCAAAGCCAGUGAUGAUGUUUGUUCACGGGGGAUCUUACAUGGAAGGCACAGGGAACAUGUUCGAGGGGAGUGUCUUGGCGAGCUAUGGAAAUGUUAUCGUUGUCACCAUAAACUACAGACUGGGCGUCCUCGGGUUCCUGAGCACAGGAGACAUGGCCGCCAAGGGUAAUUACGGCCUGCUCGAUCAGAUUCAGGCCUUACGGUGGCUCAGCGAGAACAUUGGCUUUUUUGGCGGUGACCCCAUGAGAAUCACUGUAUUUGGAUCGGGUGCUGGUGCUUCCUGCGUUAACCUCCUGAUUCUCUCUCACCAUUCUGAAGGUAACCGUUGGAGCAAUUCAACAAAAGGUCUUUUCCAACGAGCCAUUGCUCAGAGUGGCACUGCCAUAUCGAGCUGGUCGGUCAAUUAUCAACCUGCCAAAUACACGCGCAUCCUGGCCAAGAAAGUGGGCUGUAACUUCCCCGAGACGGUGGACGUGGUGGAGUGCUUGCGGCGGAAGUCUUACCGUGAGUUGGUCGACCAGGACAUCCAGCCCACCAGAUAUCACAUCGCCUUUGGGCCAGUUGUCGAUGGCGAUGUGCUCCCGGAUGACCCUGAGAUCCUGAUGGAACAGGGUGAGUUCCUCAACUACGAUAUCCUACUGGGGGUUAACCAGGGCGAGGGCUUCAAGUUUGUGGAGUCCCUGGUGGACAAUGAGGAUGGCAUCUCGGCCAGUUAUUUCGAUUUUGCUGUGUCGAACUUUGUCGAUAACCUGUACGGGUAUCCGGAGGGUAAGGACAUCCUGCGGGAGACCAUCAAGUUCAUGUACACUGACUGGGCGGACCGCGACAACGGCGAGAUGCGCCGCAAGACUCUGCUAGCGUUGUUCACCGACCACCAGUGGGUAGCGCCUGCCAUCGCUACUGCCCGCCUCCACGCCGAAUACCAGUCACCCACCUAUUUCUACACCUUCUACCAUCACUGCCAGAGCGAGAUGAAGGCAGUGUGGGCUGACGCUGCGCAUGGUGACGAGAUCCCGUAUGUCUUUGGGAUCCCUAUGAUUGGCGUCACUGAGCUUUUCCCCUGCAACUUCUCCAAGAACGACGUAAUGCUCAGCGCCGUGGUGAUGACCUACUGGACCAACUUUGCCAAGACUGGAGAUCCCAACAAGCCGGUCCCCCAAGACACAAAGUUCAUUCACACUAAGCCAAACCGCUUUGAGGAGGUAGCCUGGACGAAGUUCAACUCCAAAGAGAAGCCCUACCUCCAUAUCGGCCUGAAGCCACGAAUUCGGGAGCACUACCGAGCCAACAAGGUGGCGUUCUGGCUGGAGCUGGUGCCCCACUUACACAAUCUCCACGACAUCCUGCAAUACACUUCAACCACCACCAAGACCCCUCUUGAAGACCCCUUCAUGACAAAGCGGGCCAAUGGCAAAGGCUGGACAGUCACUACCAAGCGCCCAUUUGUCACCUCACCUCCCGAGCAGGAGCACACAGAAGACCCGCCCAACUACGCCCGCCUGCCCAAGGACUCGCGAGACUACUCAACAGAGCUGAGCGUCACCGUGGCAGUGGGGGCCUCGCUGCUCUUCCUCAACAUCCUUGCAUUUGCCGCCCUCUACUACAAACGGGACAAGAGGCACGAGCUGCACCGCAGGCUCAGCCCCCAGCGCAACACCACCAACGACCUCGCCCAUGCCCAGGAGGAGGAGAUCAUGUCACUUCAGAUCAAGCACAGCGAGCAUGAGGGCCAUGACCUGGAGCCCUUGCGGCCCCACGAGAUCCUGCGCCCAGCCUGUCCGCCCGACUACACCCUGGCACUGCGGAGGGCACCUGAUGACGUCCCUCUAAUGACCCCCAGCACCAUCACCAUGAUCCCCAGUACCAUCAGCGGGAUGCAGCCCCUCCACUCAUUCAACACCUACGCGGCUGGGCACAACAACACGCUGCCUCACCCGCACUCAACCACCCGAGUAUAGUCAGGACCUCGUCUGAGCCUUUGCCCAUGCCGCCAAGGGAGAAGGAAACACAAAAGGCCCCUCGAGAACGUGCUAGACCGAGGUUCAACCAUUUUUGACAAAGCUUUUCCUUUUGGAAUACGAAGUGCGACUAGAAUAAUUAGAAUAUUUUUCAAGAGAUUUGCCCCCACCCCACCAACAUGACCCCUUCUUACAACCUGACGCACUUUUUUUGGGGUGGGGGAAGCAGUGAAUGAAACCUUCCCCUUCUAUCACCCCCACUAUCUCUGAGGAAUCUUUGAAACAGUGUACCAGUGUCAAGGAAAUUGAGGCUCCGGCCUACCUGCAGUCCAAUUAUAAUUUAAUUACAGGAUCGAAUAAUUACCAAAAAUCAAAAUUGAUUCUUUUUAAAACGUGAUUGUUUGGCGGAUUGCAUGGUAUUUAACUUGAUAAUUUGAACGUCUAAUCGUUUCUUUCUGUUAAUUUUGAUUUUUAACCCCUGAGGAAAUUUGUUUUGACAACAAGUUGUAGUAACUCAAAAGUGAGCUAUUUUGUACAGCACAUUCCCCUUCAUUUCUUUUUCAUUUAAAAAGGUAUGACUGGCAUAUUAAAAGAGAUUUUAAAAAAAACUGACAAAAACGGAUUUUAAAAUUUAAAAAAAACAACAGCCAAUUCAGGGAAAUUUUCCCUCUGAACUGGCAAAUCGCAAUGGGACCAACUGGGGUUUCUUUUUCCACGUAGCCUCAGCCACAAGAAGGAGGCCCAAAACAUUUCCAGAACUUGUAUUUCACUGUGGAAUGCAAAUGAUUUUCCAGAGGAGCACCAUGACAUUUAUAAAAUUCCUCAGAGGUGCAAGAAAAAUAAUUGCUGAAUCGCCACCAUGACCUGUGUUGUCGGAGCUGGAAACAAAAUGAACAAAAUGGUAUCAGCUGGUCAGUCAGGGACGCCAACUGGGGGAAAUACCCCAUUUUUUCUUCACCGCACCCCAACCAGCAGCCAUCCUCACCACAUUCAACCUUCUCUCCCCAUCCCAUUAACUCUCUUGCGUUGGCGGAGUAGAUGGACAAAGACGCACAAGGAAAGGACGUCAGUUUUUUUUUGUAACAUAUUUACACCUAGGCCUCGACCAGUAGCUGCCCAGGUCUUUCUUGACAAAGCUCGGAGGGCAUUUUUGAGAGUCAGAGAAGCAGGUUCAAACCGUGCCCAGCAACAAUCGUCAGUGCCCAAGGAGUGUUAACUGACUCGCCAUCAAGAAUUGAGGCAAGAAUUGUGACACGAAGGACUGGGGCCUCUCGUUAGGCCCAUCCGCUCUCUGAGUGACUCCCCUCCACUUUGUACUUUCCCAAGGGGAGCAAUAGCUUGCAUCUCAUCUCUCUCUGCUAAAAAAAAACACAAUCAUGGUUAACUUUUGAUAUGAAAAAGAAUUCGUAUGAAAGUAAAAGGAGAGACUGACAUAACAUGGAGGGACGCUGAUAAUAUUUUUACCUGAGAAGGAGGGAAAAAACAGGGAGGGACAAUUGAAAUGUUUAUUUAGACGUAUGUUCUGUGGGUUUAGUUUUCAUUUAUGACUGGUUUCUUAGCAGGAGCUGUCCAGGAGGCUUAGAGAGGUCACCCGUCAAUGAAAAUGCACUAGUUAAAACUGUAUAACUUUGUCAUGCAUCGCCCAGACUAUAGAGAAAGGAGUAACACAAUUUAAGGAAAAUAGCAUUGCUGCAAUUCUUGGACAUCAUUACUUCCUUGAGAUGACCACCCUAGAUUGUGGGGCAAUCCGCUUACCACCCAAUCCUAUGGACACUCCCAACAGGCCCUGGCCCUUGCAUUGCGGAAGAGUGAACUUGUGCCCAUUUCUCUCUCUUUUCCUCCCUUUUUGUCUCUCCUUUCUUCUCUUUUUAUUCUUUUUUUUAAUGAGAAGGCUCAUUAGCAGACAUUACGUUUGUGAUUACCAGUAAAGAAGCGAAAAAUAACACAUUAGUUUUGUUCGCUUAAUAGGUGGGAGCACACUGUUUGUAAAAAAAAACGGAAUUUUAACAAAUUGCUGGGCCACGUUUGUUGGCCUCGUCACUACAGUUUUGGAUGUGGAAUUGAGUUUGUGGGAAGUAGAUGAGAUGCUGCCAGCCCUCCUGUAUUCAUUCCCCUCCCCUACAACAUUCACCCGCCCACACGCUGAGCUAGCCAUACUCUCACACCCCAAAUGUCAAACACCCACACCUAUCAGUUGGCAUCUCAUAUAUAUAUCUUCAUAUAGGCUUUUAAUUUGGUCUGGAGGUCCCGAGAGCACUAAACCACACGUUCACUCCCAUUCCCAGCAUGCAGAAGGAGGCCAUUCAGCCUGUCUUAUAUAUGACAGGUGGCUUCAUUGUCCUAAAUGCCUUUUUUUUGUUAUACCUUUUUUCUUUAUUUCUGAAUGCACUUCUCCACAUGAUCGGGUGGGACAAGAGGGAAUGUUUCUCCUGGGGAGGGGAGGAGGUGGUGGAGGGGUCCCAUGGUGGGAGACGUUCUGGUGAUCCUGGUUUGAAUCCCUGGGGCCUCAGACUGAGAAAGGGAGGAGGCUGGAAUUCACUUAUUGGAUCCAUUCCCCUGAUCCCAGAUAACAGGGGCAUUUGCUGAAGUGAGUUUGAAACUUUUUGCAAAGAAAUGUGACAGAUGCCAAGAAGGAAGAUUGUAUUUUCUUCCCCCGUCCUGUUUGGGUGACAGCUGAUUGACAUACCAUUGACCGCUGAAGGGCCUGAGCACUUGGAGUGGUUGCCAGACCAAUGCCAAACUUUGUUCAUAGAAUAAUAAAAUAUUUUAAAAUGUU